AUGGCAUUGGGUCAGUCCAGCACUGCUUGGGUGGGUGCCCAGGUACUGAUUUCAGGCCUUUUUUCCAUUGAAGGAUUAAAGCCACCUUUUGUUGGGUCCUCCCCUCUGCAUCAGGCAACAGUCUCUCUGGUGCUUCUUUGCUGGGUUUCAGCUGAUUGUCAGCUGGUUUCUCAGUUGGUUUUCAGCUGGAUUUCAGCCCUCACCUGGCCUUGCUUUCAGCUGGUCCUUUGGUUUCUCAGCUGCAUUCUCAGCUGGUUCUCUUGCUUUUUGCUUCUGCUGCCUGCUGUUCAGCUGCCCCUGUUUUUUGAUGCUGCUUGUUCUGGACUGGUGCUCCUUUGCUCUUCUGGGUUCGAGCUUUCUUGCAGCUGCUGUGGUUUCCUUUCUAGCUGGUUUCCAGCUGACCUUCCAGCUGCCUUUGUCUAG